UCCACCAAACGCAGAUAAUAAGAGCACCAAGCACAGAAAAUUACGUCAUUAAUUCACUUGAACUCAGCUAGCGAACACACGAUGUCUGGAAGAGGUAAAGGCGGCAAGGGACUCGGAAAAGGAGGCGCCAAGCGUCACCGUAAGGUUCUCCGCGAUAACAUCCAGGGAAUCACCAAGCCCGCCAUUCGCCGUCUGGCUCGCCGUGGCGGCGUGAAGCGUAUCUCCGGCCUGAUCUACGAGGAGACCCGCGGUGUCCUGAAGGUGUUCCUCGAGAACGUGAUCCGUGACGCCGUCACCUACACCGAGCACGCCAAGAGAAAGACCGUUACGGCCAUGGACGUGGUCUACGCUCUGAAACGCCAGGGACGCACCCUGUACGGUUUCGGCGGUUAAACGCACCCUUCUCGGAACGUCAACAUCCCGACUUGAACCCAAAGGCUCUUUUAAGAGCCACCCACAU